UGUGUUUCCCAGCGUGCCCCUGUUCUUAGAAGGUAGUUACCAAUUCUGUCCCCGAGUGAAUAGCUCCCCUGGCUAUUUCUUUCGCACCUCUAUCUUCUCUCGAAGACCUUUUGGAAGCUCAAGGCAGGCCAGGAAGUAAUGGAGGAGCAGUUCAUACUCAGAGUUCCACCUUCUGUUGCAGAGCGAUUAGACCGCCUUUUGAGUGAAAGUGAAAAUGCUUCAUCUUCUGACGACAAGUCAUUGGAUUUGUCCUUUUCUGAGGAUGGAAAGAGUGGCACAUUUGUCAUUGGCAAUGAUCAUUUCCCCGCAUCACUCUUGGAUCUUCCUUGUGUUGUGGAAUCAUAUAAAACAUAUGAUGACAGUGUACUGAUCAAGAGUGCAAACGUUGGUCAGAUGAUUAUGGUUAGAGAAGCAGGUGAUGCUGCUCCAGAUGUGGUGGAGUAUAGACAUGGUCUCACCCCUCCUAUGAGGGAUGCUCGAAAGCGGAGAUUUCGCAGGGAGCCAGAUCUAAAUCCUGAGCUUGUACAGCGUGUCCUGAAAGAUUUGGUGAAGAUCCAUGCUGGUGCAACAGCGGAGAAUGUUGAUGCUGAAGCUGCUGAGCAAGAGGAAGAUGUAGAUGGAAGUGUCCGAAAUGCUAGUAAAAAACCUGUGCCUGCGCCUGUUGUAAAGGCGGAUGCCCCAGAGGCUGGAACAAAUGCUGGGGAGCCUGACAGAAGCGACUCUGAUGAAUCUGAUGACUCGAUUUGACUUGAUAGAAUUUAAAGUUAUUAUUAGCUAUAUGGUGUGCAUUGUGAAGAAUUUCCACAAAAGGUGGUAAAGUGAUGUCUUGAGCAAGCAUAUUUUUCUUGAGAAACCACAAGGGUGAAUUAAUUUGUUUAAUUGUUGAAAUUACCGAGGCAUAGAUUUAUGCUAGGCAGGCGAGUUGCCGUUUGUAUUCCAAGUUUCCUUUUGUUUUUGAUGGAAAUUAUGGAUAUCAGAAAUGGUGUUGGAUUAAA